UCCCGGGCCCUCGGUUUCGAAACGUUCAGUGCACCAGGAGAAGUGGAGAACCCGCCGCACGGAGCCGUCCUAUUACUGUACUACUCGUGCUUCGUACCUCGGCCACCUCUCUCUCCAUGCGCGGAUGCUCCACCACCGCUAGCCCACAGGCGCCAAUCAUGCGCGGCACCACCCCGGCCGGACAGCUCACUCGCGCUGCCCCUGGAGCAAAUCGACACAUCCACGCCCGCGUACGCGGUACACGCCCCGCCCCGUCGCGCUGACACCAUACUCGGCCAUCAUCCGUCUCCACCUCCCCGGCCCACUCGUGUGCGCCUGCGGCUGGGAAGCUCCACAGCCUCAUGAUGAUGCCACCGCCCGGCAGCAGCAGAAGCUGAUCGAUCGAGUUCGGAGUCUCGGACAGGCGGACAGGCGCGCCAGGCUCAUCAAUGGGUACGCCACUCAGGGCUCAGCCUCACCCGGGUCACCCCCCUGGCCCCCUCUCCCAUGCCUGUCAGUUCGUUCUUGGCUGCUGCUGCUUCUUCUUCGCUCCCUUUUUCUUUAGUUUAUCUUGCUUUUUCUCUGCGAUCUCGAGGUUCUUGUUCAGUUUGGCUGCCAUUCUUUUGGGGUAGUACUCCACAUUGCCGUACGCAUCCAUAUCUUAGUUGUUGGGUCUUGGAACUGUAUGUUCCUUGGUUUCUGCGAAAGCUAUUCCCUUUUCAUUUUUUUUGUUUGCCAUUUUCAGUUUGCUAAUCGAGCACAUUUACCUGCAGAAUCCCCACUGCAAUUUUUGGUUUCUUUUUUUCGCGCAUUUUCGAGACGAUUCAGCUGCUUUUUUUAGUCGUUCGUUCCUCUGUUCAAAGGUGAGUGAGGGAAGAAUCUUGGAUCCCAAAUCCCAAUAGUCUCCUGUGCUGCUGCUUAAUAAAGGAGACGCGGGCAAGAAUCUUGCGAGGCUGCAAUGCCGCGGCGCGACGCGGAGGAGGGAGCUGCUGGCGACGAGGCUGCUGCUGCAGCGGCGGCGGCUGUGAGGUUGGCCAAGAAGAUCCGGAAGCGCCGCGCGCUGUCGUUGUCCAGCGCAUCGGACCCGACGGCUGCGAGGAGGCUGCGGUCCAGGAGGCCCGCGGUGCUGCUGCCGCUGCGGCGGACUAGUGGGGGCGGCCGUGGCGAGUCGCCGCGCUCGGGCGGGGCCAUGUCCGAGUCGUCCCGGAGCCGGCAUUGCCGUGGCGGCAACCGCCUCGCCGACGGGACGCGACCGUCGGCGUCGGCGAGGAGGCUCGUCGGCACGUUCUGGCAGGUGGACAAGGAUGCGCUGCUUGGAGGGGAUGCGGCGGCCGCGGCGCGCUGUAGCUUGGUUCCGUGGAGCGGCGCGUCGACGGAGGUGUCCAAGAGGUCAAGAAGUAGGAGCAAGAUUUUGGAGGCUGACGGGAAGGGAAGCCGGCGCAAUGGCCAUGCCCGGUGGUUUCCGGCGGAUAUGAUGAGCAACGGCAGCGCAAUGGAGGUAGUUACAUGCUCUCAAGACGAUGUUUCAAGAUGUCCUGAGGAGAAAACGGUCAAUCUACAGGAUUUGCACAAAAGCUUGAUUGCAUCUAAAGAACUGGUCAAAGUACUAGCCCACAUCUGGGGACCUGGAGAGCUGAAUCCGUCAACUGUAUCACUCAUUUCCGCACUGCGUUCUGAGCUUGAUGUUGCUCGUGCUCAUGUGAGAAGGCUUAUCAGAGAACAAAAAUCAGAUGCCAACGAAAUCAAGGGCUUAAAAAAGAAACUUAGAGAAGAAAUGGAAUCUUGGAAGGUCAGACAAAAGGAGAAGGUUGCAAAUGCUCUCCAAUUCAUAGUUUCGGAGCUGGACAGUGAGAAGAAGUCAAGGAAACGAGAAGAGAGGAGAAACAAGAAGCUAGGCAUUGCCUUAGCUAACACUGAGGCCUCAUUACAGACAGCGAUGAAAGAACUCGAAAGGGAGAGGAAAUCUAAAGGAAGAGUGGAGAAGAUCUGCAGCGAGCUCAUCAGAGGCAUCGACGAGGACAAGGCCGAGAUGGAAGCACUGAAGAGAGAAACCGAGAAGGCACAAAAAGAGCUUCAGAAAGAGCGUGAGAUGCUUCAGCUUGCGGAUGAGUGGCGUGAACAAAGAGUUCAGAUGAAGCUGUUGGAAGCACGGCUUCAGUUUGAGGAGAAAAAUGCAGCCGUUAAUCAGCUGCGUGACGAACUCCAAGCAUAUCUGGAUACUAAGAAAGAGCAGGACCCAGUGAAUGAUCCAAUGCAGUUGUCCCAUGCAUCUGAAAAUGGCGCCGCUGCAGCUGGUGCUGUUGCUGGAGAGAUCAGCGAUGACAGCAAAGACAAUGGCUCAGAAGGCAGUGAUAUGCACUUGAUUGAGCUGAACGUCGACGGCAACAGCAAGACCUACACCUGGAGCUACACUCCUUCCUUAAAAGGAAGGCAGAGAAGUGCAUCAAGGCACGGAUUAUUUUCAGAUAGAGGGAUAGAUGGUGCCAAUUCGUGCUGUCUAGGACAAAUCUUUCAGGACAUGGAUGAAGAAUUGGAGGGAGAUUGGGCAGAAGGAUGUAGCAACGGAAUGCUGAACUUUGACCAUGAUGAUGAGAGAUACGAAGCAAUCAAGAAUCUCAGAGAGCAGAUGCUAGCUGGGUCUGGGUUCGUCCUGUCACAAGGUAGAGGAAAUGCUGAAAGGGAGUACUGUGGCUUGUAAGAUAAAUGUAAAUGAAAAAAACUAAGAUAAAAUUAUCGCAAAGUAAUGCGUCGUAUGCAUGCUACUGAUGCUACAUCGAAUUGAUCGAUGAGAUGGAGCAUACAUAGUCAAGGUUCUUCUUUGUGGAUGAGUUUCUUUGUGUAAAUGUUUUGAGGCCUUGAAAGUUGGGUUUACAG